AUGACUAGUAGUAAAUCUCAACGAAAACUUAGCUUCAAUGUUGGUGAAAACUAUGAAGUUUUAGAUGUGGUAGGAGAAGGAGCAUAUGGGGUUGUUUGCUCAGCUCUUCAUAAACCAACUGGUCAGAAAGUGGCCAUUAAAAAGAUAACUCCCUUUGAUCAUUCUAUGUUCUGUUUACGAACCCUCAGAGAAAUAAAGCUUUUGCGAUAUUUUAACCAUGAAAAUGUUAUCGCCAUUUUAGACAUUGUUAAGCCUGAAAACUUGGAAAAAUUCACAGAAGUUUAUCUCAUUCAAGAACUCAUGGAAACUGAUAUGCAUCGUGUAAUUCGCACUCAAGAUUUGAGUGAUGAUCAUUGUCAAUACUUUAUUUAUCAGACUUUACGUGCUUUGAAAGCGAUGCAUUCCGCUAAUGUUCUUCAUCGUGAUUUGAAACCAAGUAAUUUGUUGCUUAAUGCUAAUUGCGAUUUGAAGGUAUGCGACUUUGGUCUCGCUCGAAGUGCGAACUCCAGUGAUGAACAUAGCGGAUUUAUGACUGAAUAUGUUGCAACUCGAUGGUAUCGUGCUCCAGAGAUUAUGUUAACGUUUAAAGAGUACACCAAGGCCAUCGACGUGUGGUCUGUUGGUUGUAUCUUGGCAGAAAUGUUGAGCGGAAAACCAUUGUUCCCUGGAAGAGAUUAUCAUCAUCAACUUACACUUAUUCUUGAUGUACUUGGCACACCAACAAUGGAAGAUUUCUAUGGCAUUAAAAGUAGAAGGGCCAGAGAUUAUAUUCGCUCUCUUCCUUUCAAGAAACGUAUUCCUUUCACUCAUAUGUUCCCUCAUGCAAAUCCAUUGGCUCUUGACAUGUUGGAAAAAUUGUUAUCCUUUAAUCCUACAAAAAGAAUUACUGUUGAAGAAGCUUUGAAACAUCCGUAUUUGGAACCAUAUCAUGAUCCUGAAGAUGAACCAUCUGCCGAUCCAAUUCCCGAAUCAUUUUUUGAUUUUGAUAAACAUAAAGACCAAUUGUCGAAAGAACAAUUGAAACAGCUUAUUUAUGAUGAAAUCAUGAGACCAAUAUAA